AGGGGUGGGGCGGGGUGGAAUAUAAGCCGCCAAAGGGAAGGCCACACGCCACACCGAGACGGAUCCCACUUUCGCAGCGCCACGCAAGCGAGGAGACUCCGAAGCCGGGAGUAGAAGUACCAACAUUGAUCCUGGAGCUCAGACUACGCGCCUUUUUUUUGGUUCCUUCUCCGGACUGUCUGCUGGAGCUCCGUUUCAACCCAAAUUCAACGCAACCUUCGCUAUACGCCAGUUUCUCUGGAUAGGCUAUAGCGUGCUGACAAGUUGGUAGUAAACUCUUUGGAGUUUGGUUAGAGUCGCAUUCCGAAAAUAUAUUCGCUUGUGCAAAAAAAUAAGUGGGCUGCAGUGAAACUCGGGAGGGAUCCCCCCCAUCCCCAGCUCGGGGGACCUGGCACAAUCUUCUUUUGCAACAAAAGUUUUUUGUUUUUUGUUUUUUAGCCAGACAUCCGGACGUCACGUUGUGAGAAAAGCCUCCCUCCUCGCAGAUCGCCUGAGGGAUACAAGGUUGACCCAAUGACGUCGUCGAUUCCCUUAGGGCCCUCCGUGGCUCUCCCCCUGCUCUUCUUCUUCACUCUGACCUCCUGCACCCCCUCCGGUCCGGCCUCUGACACCUGCGCCACCCUGGAACAAAGCCGCUUCUUCGGCGUGUUCUCCUCCGGGACCACCCUGCCCUCGGCGCCGUGCUCCUGGACCCUGCAGAACCCCGACCCGCGCCGUUACACCGUCUACAUGAAGAUCACCAAGCCGACCGACUCCUGCGCACCGAGGAAGAUCAGGACCUUCCAGUUCGACUCUUUCAUCGAGACGUCGCGCACCUACCUGGGCAUGGAGAGCUACGACGAGGUGGUCAGGCUGUGCGACGCUUCCACGACCGUCACCUACCUCGAAUCCACCAAGCAGUUCCUGCAGAUCCGCAAGGUUGCCCCCACUAACGGCCUGGAGCUUCUGCGAGGCGAGAAUGAUGUCAGCGAGUUCAAAGCCGAGUUUCUAGUGGUGGGAAAGAGGAACCCCAGUAUGCCUGCCUGCCAGAUGCUGUGCCAGUGGCUGGAGAAGUGCCUGUCCAGUAGCACCCACGAAUACCCCUGCGGAAUCAUGAACACGCCAUGCCAGUGCUGGGAGGCGCCGAAAAGAAAACCAGGGAGCUGCUACCGGGGCGGCGUCUACGUCGAGAAGUGCCUUCCAGUGCCAAGGGACAACGGACGUAAUGUUGAGAUCAUCAAAGGCUGGGCGGGUUGGAGUCGCUGGUCAGCAUGCAGCCAGGAAUGCGGGGGUGGCGUCCAGCUGCGCAGUCGUACCUGCCAGCCCGAUGGCGCCGUAUGUGAGGGCACCGUUGAAGAAGGGCGGCCAUGCAACCCACAAUCCUGCAUAGGUAAAGAGCGCAACAAGAGCCACGGUUUGAGGGCCAUUGUUGGUCUGAGGAGAGACCAUGUGGAUGAUUCCAGCCUCGGAGUCGUUGCAACCCAAACCGGAAACGCUAAGACCGACGAGUGGUCCCCCUGGACUGGGUGUUCAGUGACUUGCGGAGAGGGCUGGCAAAGCCGCACUCGCGUCUGCGCCACGUCCUCCUUCACCACCCAGUGCACCGGGCCCCUGCGUGAGAACCGGCCCUGCAACAACACCGCCGUCUGCCCAGUUGACGGCGCUUGGGAUGAAUGGACCCCCUGGAGCCUGUGUUCAUCUACAUGCGGUCGUGGUUAUCGUGACCGCUCCCGCACGUGCAAGCUGCCCCAGAACGGAGGCCAGCCCUGCAACGGCCCUUCAAGACAGAACAAGCUCUGCAACAUCGCUGUGUGCCCUGUGGACGGACACUGGAACGACUGGUCGGCAUGGACCCCAUGCUCUGCCUCCUGCUCCAACGGUACCAUGCAGAGAACAAGAGAAUGCAAUGGCCCAUCCUACGGGGGCUCCGAGUGCCACGGCAGCUGGAAAGAGGCCGUCAACUGCUUUCUGAAAGAUUGUCCAGUCGACGGACGCUGGCAUGCGUGGAGCUCGUGGGGAAGCUGCAGCAAGACCUGCGGCGGCGGCAUCCAGCAGAGGCAAAGAGUUUGCGAAGGUCCUUUUUUCGGCGGGGAGCCUUGCCCUGGCGAAAGAGGAGAGCAGAAGCGCUGCAACGAGAAGAGAUGUCCCGAGCCCCAUGAGAUUUGUCCUGAGCAGAAAGCUGGGGAUGUUGUGUGGAAGAAGACCCCUGCCGGUGACAUGGCUGCUGUAUCUUGUCCGGCUGAUUCUGCAGGUCUGAUUCUUCGACGCUGCAGUCUUAAUGCUGUCGGUCUGGCCACUUGGGAAAGCCCUACUUACAUCAAAUGUGUCUCCAAAAACUACGAGAACAUUCAGAUCAUGUCAAAGGACUACAGCUCCAAAGCCCGGGCAGCGCAAAGCGUGGACGGCGUCGCCGAGGUGAUUUCACGUCUGAGGUUUAUAACCGACGAAGGCGCCACGUACAGCGGGGACCUCCUGUCCGUCAUGGAAAUCCUGAAGAACACCAGCGAGAUGUUCAAGUCAAACGGGCUGAGGCUGAGCAACGCAGACGUCGAGAACUAUGUCCAGACCAUCAGUAACUUGCUGAAGGAAGAACAUCACGACAAGUGGGAAGAGGCACAGCUGAUGGGCGCCAACGUUAGGGAGUUCUUCCGCCUUGUUGAGGACUCAGUGGAUAUGAUCGGCAUGCAAAUGAGCGGUUUCCAGGACAUUUAUGAAGUCACAGAGAAUUUAGUGCUGAGCAUCCACAAGAGGCCGACCACAACAAACUCCAACUUCACCUUCCCUGCUAAAGGCUGGAGGGGCAUGUUGGACUGGGUCAGGACCUCGGAGGAGAAGAUUACUGUUUUGAGAGAUGCUCUAGCCAUUGAGCAUACUGAUGGCAACGAUGCAUUUGUGACCGGCAUCGUCCUCUACAGAAACCUCACUUCUUUUCUCUCCUUCCAAAGCAACAGCACCCUGCUCAAUUCCAAAGUGGUCACGGUGAUCGUCAAGCCCACCCCUGCACUCAUGUCUUCUCCUGUUGAGAUCGAGUUCCCUCACCUCCACAAUGGCACCAUGAAUGAGACAUGCCUCUCUUGGGAUGAGAGUGAAGCAUCCUCCCUGCUUGGAUCUUGGUCUGCUCGGAGCUGCAGAGCCGUCCCCGUUCAUUCAUUCAGGACCAAAUGCGUGUGUGACAGCGUCUCCACCUUCGCCAUUUUAGCGCACACCAACUUCGAUUCGAUCAUGGACAAGGCGCUUCUCCCAUCCGUGACGCUCAUAGUUGGCUGUGGGGUCUCCUCCCUCACCCUGCUGCUCCUCAUCAUCAUCUACGUCUCCGUGUGGAAGUAUAUCCGCUCUGAGCGCUCUGUUAUCCUCAUCAACUUCUGCCUGUCUAUUAUUUGCUCCAACGCCCUCAUUCUCGUGGGACAAACUCAAGCUCGCAAUAAGGUGGUGUGCACGCUGGUAGCCGCUCUCCUCCACUUCUUCUUCCUCUCCUCCUUCUGCUGGGUGCUGACAGAAGCUUGGCAGUCGUACAUGGCUGUCACUGGUCGUCUGCGCAACCGCAUCAUCCGCAAGCGCUUCUUAUGCUUGGGUUGGGGCUUGCCUGCAUUAGUGGUGGCUGUGUCUGUGGGCUUCACAAAAGCCAAGGGAUAUGGCACUGUCAACUACUGCUGGCUGUCUCUCGAGGGCGGACUCCUCUACUCCUUUGUUGGCCCCGCCGCUGCCGUUGUUUUGGUGAAUAUGGUCAUUGGUAUUCUGGUCUUCAAUAAGCUGGUAUCCAAGGACGGCAUCACCGACGUGAAGCUGAAGGAGAGAGCUGGGGCGUCACUGUGGAGCUCCUGUGUGGUUCUUCCUCUACUGGCCCUCACAUGGAUGUCCGCCGUACUCGCCAUCACAGACCGCCGUUCCGCCCUCUUCCAGAUCCUCUUUGCUGUAUUCGACUCCCUAGAAGGUUUCAUCAUCGUCAUGGUCCACUGCAUACUGCGUCGAGAGGUUCAGGAAGCUGUUAAGUGCAGGGUAGUUGACCGCAAGGACGACGGCAAUGGAGACUCUGGCAGCUCUCAUCACAAUGGCCACAACCAGCUGACGCAGUCGGAUAAUGAAAAGGACGGAGAUUCGGGCAGACAAGGAAUGAGCAGCUCUUCAGAGGAGAAGAUGUCCCCUCCUCAAAUGCCUCUUCCCAUGGGCCCCAACUUCCACACUCUGCCGUCCAACAAGAGCCACAUGCAGGCCGUUCCGGAGUAUUCCAGCCACACGCUCACACUGAAGAGAGAGAAAAGCCGUCUGGCGGGUGGGGUCGACCCGUCUUGUGGGAAGCCCGUGUACGUCUGCGAGGGGGAGCUAUUCCAGCAGCUGGAUGCGGAUCUCGCCUUGGUCCAAGCGGAGGGCGGAGUCUCCGCCGGCGGCGGUUACAUGCUCAUGCCCAACACGACGUCCACCCUCAGGUCCAAGCCAAAAGACGACGGGACAAAAUACAACAUCAGCGUGGAACAACUGCCACAGGCGAGACUCAUGCACCUGAGCGGACCCUACGCCGAGCCGCAGACCGCUUUCGGGAUCAAGCCCAUCCCCCCCGACCAGAUCAGCGUGUCUUACUCCGAGAGGGACUCGCCCAUCCAGAACAUCCACAAUAUGUCCAGCGAGUCUCACAUCACCCACAGCAGCCUGGAAAACACCUUUGAGUCCAUGAAUUCCAUGAUGUCCAAAAGCGAGACCAUCUCCACAUUGUCCAUGAGCUCCUUGGAGAGACAAAAGUCCCGGUAUGCUGAGCUUGACUUUGAGAAAAUAAUGCACACGAAGAAGCGCCACCAGAAUAUGUUCCAGGACCUGAACAGGAAGUUACACCAUGCAGAUAAGGACAGAGAGUCACCUGCCUCUGACAGCAAGUCAGUGAGAUGGAGCGUAUCAUCAGCAGGAAGUGACAAAACGAACCACAGCGACAAACAGCAGGCUCCUCUGGAGAGGCCUUGGGAAGCGGUGCGGGGAUUACCACAACAGUCUCCUCCCGCGUGGGUCCGCAAAGACUUGGAGCCUCUGGCCGCAUCGCCGCUGGAGUUGCACGCCGUGGAAUGGGAGAAGACCAGCACCCCCAUCCCUCUGGUGGGGCAGGACAUCAUUGACCUGCAGACCGAGGUCUGAAGGAGUUGGAGUCGACGCAAGCAAAAGCCGCCUUAUUUUACCUCGGUUCCCUUUCGGGCUUCAGUACGGGCUCCUGUGUGCGUACCAUACAGCGGAGCCAGAAGGUCAGGGCGUGAGACUGUGGGCCGGAGAAUCUGUUGUCUUCAAACCCCUCAGCGUCAGCGGUAAAGAUGGCGGAGUGGAAGAUAGAGUGGUUGAUUGUUUCCUCUCUGAGUGGACUUGAAGCACCUCUUGUUGGAGUGCUGGGAAGGUCAAAGGGCUGGCGAAAUUAUUUUGCGGUCCAUGUAGGUUCCUGUAUUGCACACUGGCAACCUGGGCCGACAUGUCUGUGCUUCUUUCUUGCGAGACGGCUUCUUUUAGCGGGAGGAAUAACGCAGAACUCUUGACUGCUGCUCCUCUUCCAGUCUAGGUCCCUUCCACUUGAAAAGCAAACAAUUUCACACUCGCAGUGUGUCAUUUUUUUCUUGUCACAUUCGAUCUUUUCUGAUGGCUUCCACGCCUGGAACUAUUGUUAAAGAUCAGACUUUAUGCAGGCUUGUUGACAGCAUUCGUCACUCAUACUGUAUCAUCAUAGUUAUUAUCAAUGAUCAUUUCAGCAUUGUCACGAUUGUUGCCAUAAAAUGUUUUUUGGUAACACUUUAGUAUGGGGAAUGUAUUCUAUGUAAAACAGACCUAAUUUAGAGUUAUUUGGACACUAGGGGAACAUAUUUUAGGUAACAAAGACUUAAUUCAGAGUUAUUUGGUUAGGGUUAGGGUGAGUUGUAUAAUAAGACCGUGCAGAAUAAGGCAUUAAUAAGUACUUAAUAAUGACUAAUUAAGAGCCGAUAUGUUACUAAUUUGCAUGUUAAUAAGCAACUAACUAAUGGUGAAUAACUGAAUAUUGUCCCAAUACUAAAGUGUUACCGUUUCUUUUUUACUUUAUAUUAGGGAUGAGAAUAAUUGUUAGAACUAACAUAGCUCUAUGGGGCAUUGAGGUAAACAUAUGGGAAACGCUGGUAUCAAAACAGGAGUUCAGAACAUUCAGAGAAUGGCCCAUCCUUAUUUUAUAUUUUUAGUUACCUUAUACGACUGUCAAUAUGUUUUAUUUGGCCUACAGUGGGAAAUGCACAUCUCCACUUUGUUGGUGACACCGUAUGCACUGCAAAGGGACAAACAAACUGAGUAGGGACGAAGGCGGUUUGUUGUUUUCCUGCUUUUUCCGGCAUUUGCUCGGACGCCAAAGCACCAGCACCACAAUACAGACUCUUGACGCGGAGCAGUGCCCUGUGGGAGUCGCCGGUCCCCCUGGCAGGACCUAUUUGGACUUCGGACUGAGGCUCCUGGCACUGACGUGACAGCGCAGUCAGUUUCAGGCUGUCAAGCCUUCAACACGUUUGUGUUUUUAGACCAUCAGUGUAACACAGUGCAAUAUGAUGGCCGCUUGAUGCUCAAGCAAGACUGAUAUUAGGAUUUACACAUUCUUUUCUUACCGAUGACUCGAAUCUUUUAUACCAUCUUCUUCACAUUUACAGAGCAUAUAAGCGCUUUAUGAGAAUAUAUUGUAUAACAAAUCUGUAUUAGUAAUUCAAGGAAUUUAUUGACUAGAGAUUUGUUAGACUCCAUAAAAACUCCAUAUUUGGAGGUGUCUGUGACAGGUAGAUAAUUGUACUUCUAUAAAGCAAACACUGUACACAAUAAAUGAAUGAAUAUAUUUCUCAAAUUUGCUUCAGGUUACUUGUUAUUACUCUCCACUGUGUCGCGAUGAGUAAUGGAACCUCAUGUCUUCUGUGAAAGUGUGUUUUUUAAUACAUCGUCAGUAAUUACCUGCCAAUGUGUUAGUCCAAUUCAUACCUCAAAGGACAUGUAUUCAAUAAUCAUUUGUAUUAUAUUUGUUUACCCCCCCCCUCCCUUAAAUGUACAGUUUUCACAGCACAAAAUGAAUGUGAUUCAUUUCUAAUAAAAA